UAAAAGCUGCAGCCAGGCAGCACAAUGACUGGACUUUGAUGUUUAUAUGUUCCAAUACUCUCCAAACUUUCAGAGGUUGACGAUACUGCCUGAUUUUAGCCACGAUGUCGUCAGAGGACCUUUUGAACACUCUGGAGGAUUUGACAGACGAUGAACUGAAGAAGUUCAAAUGAUAUCUGAAGCAGCCUGACGUUGGAAUAGUUUAUUGUGCUGUUGUAAUAACAGCACAGGAUAUUUCAUAGGAAACAGGAACCUGAAAAAGGUGAAGUUGGAAUUUUACUGCUUGCAGACACAGCCCGUAUUUCCUCAUUCUUCAUUUUACUACACAGGCUGUGUCUGCAGCCAGGCAGCAGAAUGACUGGACUUUGACGUGUCAACAUGUUGUAAUUUCUCCAAACGUUCAGAGCCACGAUGUCGUCAGAGGACCUUUUGAACACUCUGGAGGAUUUGACAGACGAUGAACUGAAGAAGUUCAAAUGGUAUCUGAAGCAGCCUGACGUCCUGGAUGGAUACCAAACCAUCAAAGUGUCCAAGCUGGAGAAGGCAGACAGACGGGACAUCGUGGAUCUGAUGGUGAACACCUAUAAACUUCAUGGAGCUCUGAAGGUGACCAAGAAGGUUUUAGAGAAGAUCAACAGGAACGAUCUGGUCCAGAGUCUGUCAGAGACGAGCUCAGGACCAGAAGGGUCAGAGAACAGAGGACCUUCCUCCUCUCAGAGUGAAGAUGGGAUUGUUCCAGUACCAGAGCCACGACACAUCUCAUAUUACCAACAGUUACUUCAGUCAAACCUCCAGGACAAGUUCAUGUGUGCACAAGAGGGGUGGUCACAGAAGAAGGAUGAGGAACGUCUGGUUGAUAUCUACACAGAGCUGUACAUCACAGCUGGAGGUGACAUCCACAUCAACACACAGCAUGAGGUCAUGCAGAUUGAGGCAGCAGGGAAGCCAGCAGAUACAGAGAAAUCAAUUAAACCCAGUGACAUGUUCAAGCCUCCCUCUGGAAGAUAUAAACCCAUAAGAACAGUGCUGACCACUGGAAUCGCAGGAAUUGGAAAAACAUUUCUUACGUGCAAGUUUCUGUUGGACUGGGCUGAAGGAAGAGCCAAUCAGGAUGUGCAUCUCAUAUUCCCCUUCACCUUUCGCCAGCUGAACUUAUGGACAGGACAAAAGUUUUCAUUGACAGAGGUCAUUCAUGAAUGUAUCACUGAGGCCAGAGUCAUCCCAGAAGAAGCUCUUAACUACAUCUUUACAACUCUGCAGUCAUCAGGAAUCACCAACUAUGACAGAAGUGAAUUCAAAGUUCUGUUUGUUUUGGAUGGACUGGAUGAGAGCCGACUUCAACUGGACUGCUCUACCAAUAAAAACCAGGCAGUUAAAUUUGAUGUUACAGCGUCGACCUCAGUGGAUGAGCUGCUGACAAACCUCAUCAAGAGAAAACUGCUUCCUUCUGCUCGCCUCUGGAUAACCACACGACCUGCAGCAGCCAAUCAGAUCCAUUCUGAUUUUGUCAACAUCAUGACAGAGGUCAGAGGGUUCACUGACCCUCAGAAGGACGAGUACUUCAAGAAGAGAUUCAGAGAUGAGGAGCAGGCCAGCAGAAUCAUCUCCCACAUCAAGACAUCACGAAGCCUCCACAUCAUGUGCCACAUCCCAGUCUUCUGCUGGAUCACUGCUACAGUUCUGGAGGAUCUGUUGAAGACCAGAGAGGGAGGAGAGCUGCCCAAGACCCUGACUGAGAUGUACACAGAAUUCCUGGUGUUUCAGAUGGAUCGGACAAAAGACAGGAAUGACCAAAAACAGUGCAUCCAGUACAUCAAGUCAUUAUCAAAACUGGCUUUCCAGCAGCUGGAAAAGGGCAACCUGAUCUUCUACGAGGAAGAUCUAAAAGAGAGUGGCAUUGAUGUCAGAGGAGCCUCAGUGUGUUCAGGAGUGUUCACAGAGAUCUUUAAAGAAGAACGUGGGAAGAAGAAAGAAGAUGACAAGAUGUUUAGCUUCAUCCAUCUGAGUGUUCAGGAGUUUUUGGCAGCUUUACAUGUAGAGAGGAAACUCAUUAACACAAACAAGAAUGUGAUGUCUGAACCAGGGCAAACGUUUGAACGUGUGCGAAUGUUUUUCACCAAAACAUCUGUGACGGAGGUCCACAGGUUUGCUAUUGACAAGGCCUUACAGAGUCCAAAUGGACACCUGGACUUGUUCCUCCGCUUCCUCCUGGGUCUUUCACUGGAGACCAAUCAGACCAAUCUCCCUGAAGGUCUACUGAACAAGAAAAGAAGCUCACAGACCAAUCAGGAAACAGUCAAGUACAUCAAGAAGAAGAUCAGUGAGAAUCUGUCUCCAGAGAGAAUCAUCAACCUGUUCCACUGUCUGAAUGAACUGAAUGAUCUUUCUCUAGUGGAGGAGAUCCAACAGUACCUGAGUUCAGGAAGUCUCUCCACAGGUAGACUGACUCCUGCUCAGUGGUCAGCUCUGGUCUUCAUCUUACUGUCAUCAGACAAAGAUCUGGACGUGUUUGACCUGAAGAAAUACUCUGCUUCAGAGGAGGUUCUUCUGAGGAUGCUGCCAGUGGUCAAAGCCUCCAACAAAGCGCUUCUGAGUGGCUGUAAUCUGUCAGAGAGAAGCUUCGAAGCUCUGUCAUCAGUUCUCAGCUCCCAGUCCUCACGUCUGACAGAGCUGGACCUGAGUAACAACGACCUGAAGGAUUCAGGAGUGAAGCUGCUCUCUGCAGGACUGGAGAGUCCACGCUGUACACUGGAGACCCUCAGGUUAAAUCAAGCCGGCCUCACAGAGAAAUGCUGUCAGGAGUUCUCAUCAGUUCUCAGCUCCCAGUCCUCAUGUCUGACAGAGCUGGACCUGAGUAACAACGACCUGCAGGAUUCAGGAGUGAAGCUGCUCUCUGCUGGACUGGAGAGUCCACGCUGUACACUGGAGACUCUCAGGUUAUGUCAAACUGGCCUCACAACAAAAUGCUGUGAAGAGUUCUCAUCACUUCUCAGCUCCCAGUCCUCUACUCUAAGAAAGCUGGACCUGAGUAACAACGACCUGCAGGAUUCAGGAGUGAAGCUUCUUUCUGUUGGACUGGAGAGUCCACAGUGUACUCUGGAAAUGCUCUGGCUGAGUGACUGUAGUCUGUCAUGGAGAAGCUGUCAAGCUGUGAACUCAGUUCUCAGCUCUGAGACUUCUACUCUGACAGAGCUGGACCUGAGUAACAACGACCUGCAGGAUUCAGGAGUAAAGCUGCUCUCUGCUGAACUACAGAGUCCACACUGUACACUGGAGACCCUCAGGUUGAACCAAACAAAGCUCACAGAGAAAUGCUGUCAGGAGUUCUCAUCAGUUCUCAGCUCCCAGUCCUCACGUCUGACAGAGCUGGACCUGAGUAACAAUGACCUGCAGGAUUCAGGAGUGAAGCUGCUCUCUGCUGGACUGGAGAGUCCACACUGUACACUGGAGACUCUCAGGCUGUCAGGCUGUCUGGUAGCAGAGGAAGGUUGUACUUCUCUGGCCUCAGCUCUAAAAUCCAACCCCUCCCAUCUGAGAGAGCUGGACCUGAGCUACAAUCAUCCAGGAGAGUCAGGAGUGAAGCUGCUGUCUGCUGGUCUGAAGAAUCCACGCUGGAGACUGGACACUCUCAGGGUGGAUCAUGGUGGAGAGCAGAGGCUGAAACCUGGUCUGAGGAAGUAUGCCUGUGAACUCACAGUGGACACAAACACAGUGAACACAAACCUCAAACUGUCGGACAAUAACAGGAAGGUGACAGUCGUGACAGAGGAGCAGCCGUAUCAUGAUCAUUCACAGAGGUUUGCGUACUGGCCUCAGCUGCUGUGUGGAGAUGGUCUGACUGGUCGCUGUUACUGGGAGGUCGAGUGGAAAGGAGAUGUUGAUGUAUCAGUGAGUUACAGAGGAAUCAGGAGGAGAGGAUACGGUGCUGACUGCAGGUUUGGACGAAACAAUCAGUCCUGGAGUGUGUUCUGUUCGGAUGUUAAUGGUUACUCUGUCUGGCACAAUAACAGAAGAUUAGUCCUCCUCUCCUCCUCUUCCUCCUCCUCCUCCUCCUCCUCCAUCUCCUCCUCCUCCUCGGUCUCUGACAGAGUAGCAGUGUAUGUGGACUGUCCUGCUGGCUCUCUGUCCUUCUACAGAGCCUUCUCUAACACACUGAUCCACCUCCACACCUUCAACACCACAUUCACUGAACCUCCUUAUCCUGGAUUAUGGUUAUUGACACCUGGUUCCUCAGUGCGUCUGUGUCUGAUUCAGUAGUCAGGGAAACAUUCGCACUGCUGACAAACACACUUUUCAUGACUAACACACAUCAUCACAAACAUCUUCUUGAGGAGAACAUCCAUCCCAAACAAUCUCAGCUGGGUUUUGGUCGGGUGAUUGUGAAGGAUUGUGAAAGUAGUUCAUGUGAAGCAACACACAGUCCUCACAGAGUCUGGAGGUGUGUUUGCGCUCACUGUCCUGUUGAAAAUCAAAUGAUGGUCUCACUGAACUCAGACCACAGAGAUGGCAUGUCUCUGUAGGAUGCUGUGCUAACCAUGUGACAGUGUCACCAACAAAGAACCUCCACACCAUCACACCUCCUCCUCCAUGCUUCAUAGUGGGAACCACACAUGUAGAUACCAUCCAUUAACCUUCUCUGCAUCACAAAGACACUGCGUUCUGAACCAGAACUCUGAGAUUUGGACUCAUCAGACCAAAGUCCAGAUUUCCACUGGCCUAAUGUCCAUUCAUGCAGUCAUUCAGACCAUGAACGUGUGAUUCCCACACUCUGCUCUGAACACGUGAUGUUGACACGUGUCUGCUACCUGAACUCGUUUCUGUGGGCUCUAAUCUAAACUGCUGUGAGGCUGCUAACUGUGAACUGCUUUUUGGGGCUGACCUUGAGGACACAUUCAAAGUUCUUGAAAUGUUCUGGACUGACUGACCUUCAUGUCUUAAACUUAUGAAGGACUGUCGUUUCUCUUCAUUUAUCUGAGUGCUUCUUGUAAUAAUCUGGAUUAUUACAGUAUUACAUAUAUUUACUGUAUGACAACACGACCUCUGAACAACUGCUAGUGUCAAAAUUAUUAAGAAGGCAACAAAGUCUUUGUGUCGUUGAUGCAAAGAAAUGUCUUCAUUGUAAGAAGAAAAGUUUGACUUUAGAUAUUUUUUCAUUUAUAAAUGCAUGUAUCAAUAAAUGUAAAAAAUA